GUCUGGAAUGGCCUUAAAGGCGCAGAGUCGCUGUCUGCAGCCGCAGGGAUCCGACGGGCAGCGGGUUCGCUGAAAAUGCGCCAGGAAGUUCUGGUUCUGGGUGACCUGGCAGCGGUUCCUGCCCUCGGCUCCCCCACACACCGGACCUCUGAGGGCAGCAGGGACUGAAACGAUGCAGUCGGUUCCCAUGGAGGUGGGGAGCAGCAGCGGCUCAGGCGGGUCGGCGGUGGAGGUCAGCUUCCCCGGCGCUCAGACCUCGGUGCUGGACAGCCUCAACCGGCAGAGAGAGGACGGCAGUCUGUGCGAUCUGUCCAUCCACGUUCAGGGACACGUCUUCAAGGCGCACCGCUGCGUCCUGGCCGCGUCCUCGCCCUACUUCCAUGACCAGGUGCUGCUGAAGAACAUGUCCACGGUCUCCAUCCCCGCGGUGAUGGACCCGCUGGCGUUCGAGAGCGUCCUGAGCUGCGCCUACACCGGCCAGCUGCGGAUGCUGCGUGACGACAUCGUUAACUACCUCACGGUGGGCAGCGUGCUGCAGAUGUGGCACAUCGUGGACAAAUGCACCGAGCUGCUGAAGGAGGGCCGCGCCGCAGCGGCAGGAGGAGGAGGAGGAGGAGCGCAGGACGCAGCAGGUGGAGGCGGAAGUUCGGCCAAUCCCGGCUGCAGCAGCAGCAACGGUGAAGCUGGUGGAACUGGGACCACAGGUGGUGUCCUGGUUGUAGAGCCCAACGACCCCCAGAGGGUCCCCCAACCCUCCAGCCGGCCCUCGGUGAGCGAGAGCCAGUCGCCCAGCAGCACCAACUACUUCAGCCCCCGAGACGGGAGCAGCUUCCUGGGGGGAGGCGCAGCGGCAGGGGGGGCCUCUCUGGAUGGAGGCAGGGCCAGUAACACCCCCAGCUACUGCACCCCAUCAGGGGGAGAGGAGGCCCUGCUCAUAGAGGAGGAGGAGGGGGAGGAAGAGGAGGAGGAGGUCAUGUACCACCACAGGAAGAGAGGAAGAGGAGGAGGCAGCGGGAGGAGGAAGAAAGUCAGCUCGGUGUUGGAGCAGGAGGUCGGCGUCAGCGACAGCUUCGGCGUUUCCUCCUAUCAGGACGGCGAGGAUUCUGAGGCGGCGCUGCAGAAACGUCCCACCUACAGCCAGCCCAGCAUCAUGCCGCGCAAGCAGUGGGUGGUGGUGAAGACGGAGCGGACGGAGGACGACGACCUGAUCGUCGUGUCCGGAGAGGAGGGCGGCGAGGAUGAGGAGGACGAAGACGAGAGGGAGAUGGAGCUGGUGAGGGAGCGAGGGAACUUCAACAUCUCCAACAUCAGGAGCCUUUCAGCGGAGCUGGCGGGCCGAGCCGAGAGCGACAUGGACUCACAGGUGGAUUACUGCCAGUCAUCAGAGGACUACCUGAAGUUUGAGGGCAGCCUGAUCGAGCAGACGUUAGCCCAGCACCUUCAUGACGGCGCCGCGGGUCAGAACCAGAGCGCCAACCGGGCCGUGUCGGCCCUGCUGGGUCAGGUCCAGUCCGCCGCCUCGGCCCGGGCGCAGCUCUUCCCUCUGGACAUGCAGGGGAACCAGAUCCUGCUGUACAGCCAGGCGUCCGGCCUUUCCCUGGACCCGGCCGCGCCGCCACUGGGCGUGGCCGCCGGCAUGAUGGGCGGAGCCUCUUUCAAAACGCCCGGACUGGAGCACGGCGCCGUCCAGCUGCAGACCGGAUUGGGUCCGGACUGUUCUGACGGUGGCGGGGUCGGAGGCGGAGCCGGCGGCUCCGGAGGAACCGCCAAGGUGUUCAUGUGUCACUGUGGGAAAACCUUCACCCACAAGAGCAUGCGGGACCGGCACAUCAACAUGCACCUGGACCUGCGGCCGUUCCACUGCCCCGUCUGCGCCAAGAAGUUCAAGAUGAAGCACCACCUGACGGAGCACAUGAAGACCCACACCGGCCUCAAGCCCUACGACUGCCUGGGCUGCGGCAAGAAGUUCAUGUGGCGCGACAGCUUCAUGAGGCACCGCUCGCACUGCGAGAGGCGCGGCGCCGACGGCGACACGGCGGGGGGCGGCGAGGGAGGGAGGCGAGGAGGAGGAGGGGGAGAGGAAGGCCCGGACUUCAACGCCUCCACCCACCUGCUGCUGUCUGCCGCUGACGGAGGUCAGGGAGGAGCAGCCAGAGGAGGAGGAGCGUCUGCAGCUGCUGCUGGACAACAUGGCGGAGGAAGCAGUCACCAUGGCAACACCAUGGCCGCUGCCACAGGGACGAUGCUGGGGGCCGUCUCCCAGAGUCCGGGUCCGGAUCACGGAUCGGGAAUGUUCGGAGGGCUGGGAUUGGCUAGAGGUGUGUGUGAGGAAGACGUGUGUGAGGUCAGCGCAGACGGAAGCAGCGUGACUUAAACCGGAGCUGAGGGAACCAAUGGGAGUCCGGUUCUGAUGGUUCUGAUGGUUCUGAAGGUUCUAAUGGUUCUGAAGGUUCUGGUGGUUCUGAAGGUUC